AUGGUUCCUCAAUCUUUCCGAAGCACCGUUCAUAUCACUCAUAUCACAACGGCAACGUCUGUGAUUGAAAUUGACGGCGUGAAUUUCCUCACCGAUCCGGUUUUCUGCCCAGCCCCCGCUGAGUAUGACAUCACCGAUGUCAUGCCGAAGGGGACUCAAAAGACUGUCUUGAAGGUCUCUGAAGGCCCGGCACUUGGACUCGACAAGAUACCCGUGAUCGAUGUAGUUCUUCUGAGCCAUGAGGAUCACAUCGAUAACUUGGACGAGAUGGGUCGAAGGCUUCUGGAUGGCCGCCGAGUCAUCACCACACCAGACGGAGCGAAGAAUCUAUCUCCUCGACCAGGCGUUUUGGGCAUCAAGCCAUGGGAGACUGUUAUCAUGGCUAUCAAUGGCAUUGAGUGGGAGAUUACCGGAGUCCCUUGCGUUCAUCUUGACGGAGAGGUUACUGGGUUCGUUCUCUCGACCAAGAAUUUCGGAAUGAGCCCCGAGGGUUUGCCUAACGCCAUCUAUUUCACCGGAGACACCAUCCUGCUUCCCGAGCAUGAUGAGAUUGCGAAGCGUUUUCACAUUGUGAUUUCGCUGAUGAACCUUGGUGACGCCAGGUUCCCCGUUACAGGACGCGAUGAGCCACUUCAGAUCACCAUGGGAGGCAAAGAGGGAGCGCAGCUUUUUAAGAAGCUAGGAGCUGACAUUCUUGUGCCCAUUCACUAUGAAUCUUGGGCGCAUUUUACUCAGCAUGGAAAGGAGCUGAAGGAGGCCUUUGAAGAGGCCGGAGUGGAGGACAAGGUCUGCUGGCUCGUUCCAGGAAAGCGAAAGUGUUUGGUUGGGCCGUCUGCUUAA